GGGGGAGUGGAAUCCUCAAAUGGGAGAGUCCGGAAGAGGAAGCACUCCCCAACAGGACAGUUUCACCGGAGGCCAGUGAAGAGAGGACGUGUCCCCUUCGGUCUUCGCACACAUCUUUUCCAGAACUCGCAGAACCAUGUUCCUUCUCCGAAGGUUCUGGCCGUCUCUGGUAGCCUCCACGUCGUGGCGCCAGAGCCAGGUAUGGGCAUCUUUUGGCACAGGUCCCAAAGACUCUGACGGGACAUUCUAUGAAUUUCGUACUUAUAUCAUACAACCAGCAAAGAUGAAUGAAUUCCUGAAAAACACUGAGGAACAUAUUCACCUUCGUACAGCUCACUCUGAAUUAGUUGGAUAUUGGAUUCAAGAGUUUGGCGGUGUGAUUAAUAAAGUGUUUCAUAUUUGGAAAUUUGAUAAUUUUGCUCAUCGAACUAAAGUUCGGAAAGCCUUAGCCAAGGAUAAAGAAUGGCAAGAAAAAUAUAUUUCCCGAAACCUACCAUUUAUAAUUGAACAAAGGAAUGAAGUUGUAUAUUUAGUACCAUGGAGCAAAAUAGAAAAACCUCCUAAAGAAGGAGUCUAUGAACUUUGUACUUUUCUCAUGAAGCCUGGCGGGCCAAUUUUGUGGGGUGAAGACUUUGAAAAAUCAGUGAAUAGCCAUGUCCAUGUAGGCUAUUCAAAACUGGUUGGAGUUUUCAACACCGAAUAUGGAGCACUUAAUAAAGUUCAUGUUCUUUGGUGGAAUGAGUCAGCAGACAGUCGUGCAGCUGGAAGACAAAUAGCCCAACAAGACGCCCGAGUGGUGGCAUCUGGUGAGCUGAGGAACUGGGUCCUUGUUCAGCAUGAAUUAUUUGGGGUCCAAAAUGUACUAAGCCAGAAGGUUUCUGUAGCUUUGAGUUAACAUUAGAGGAAGCAUAGAAGAGUGAAAAGACCCCUGAAUUUCAAGCCCAAAGAUCUGAACAUAGUCCUAGUUCUGAAACUCACUAAUUAUGAGUCAGUUUCCUCACCUGUAAAUUAGAAACAGUGAUAAUUACCUAUAUUAUUAAGGCUGUGAGAAUCAAGUGAGAUUAAGGGCCAUAAAAUGCCUUAUAGGUAUAAAAUGCCGUAUUAAUUUAAUAUUAUUACUAACAUUGGCUUUUUCUUCAGUUCGGGAGAGUUGUAGUCACCUGGAAUCUCAUGAAAAUAUGCUCCUCAUUCCAGCAUCAUUUUCACCACUGAAAUAAUUCUCUGAAGAAAUACGAAGAUACUUAUUGUAUCCAUAUUGUACCAACAGCUUCUAAUAAAAUUCCCUAAGUUCACCUAA